AUGACAACCUUAGUCUCAAAAUUCACAGAACUCCUCGAUCUAGAUACCCUCCAACAACACACAUUCACAGAUGCCGACGUGCGGCUGGAGGACAUUCUUGCAGCUGAAGCUGUGGCUGCUGAAAGGCUUUCUGCCGCUUCUUCGCCGACGAGGAUUGUCAGCAGGUCACGUUCCCCGGUGUCCGCGUCUUCAUUGUCCACAUCUUCAUUCUCGUCCUCGUCCAUCAAGGAAUCUUUGGGUGCACGCAUGAAGUUGCCAUCGCCGACAAGGUUAACGUUUAGGAGUUUUGCUUUUCCAAGUCGAUAA